AUGCCAACUUAUGUUGGAUUAAAGCCUAGCAGUGAAUUGGUAAUUCUUCCGAAAUGUAUUGGAAAUUCACCCAUCGAUAUAUUCGAGAUGCCGCAUCCCUCGAAUAAUACCUUGAAACAACCAAUAAAGCUGUUUAUACACGAUAAUGUUGUUUAUCAACUACAAACCAAGCGUUUUAGUCACGGAUCUCCGUAUAACCAGACGGAAGACGACAUUACUGACAAGUACCAUUAUACUGCGGAUGGACAGACGUACAAGUCAAUUGUCGUGGUAAACAAAGAGAACCCAGAUGAGGGCAUAAUUGUUGAAUCCGGUGACUUUGACUACCAUACGAAGUACGAUUUAACUUAUAGUCUUUGCAGGUUCUACUAUAGAGCUGAUGUUGUUAGCAGUGAAGCAGAGUACUGCAAAGAGAAUAUAUCACUAAACAUCAAGCCAGACUCAAAAUAUCUUACUUUGAGGGACUUCCAAGACUUGCUUGUUGAUUCUGAUGGCUCUCAUUGGAGUCGUGUCCCAGUUGAUGUACUUAAAGUUGCAUUGGAAAAGAUAUGUUACACAAUUGAAGAGGCUGGCGAAAUAUAUUUCAAGAUUGUACCGGAAAAGAUGUGUCAAUGGGUUGCUACACGGAUUCCACGCAUACUAGAUGUUUUUCCAACUUCGCUUCCUAUCCCCAAGGAUAUACCUGAAGAAUAUUUGCGUGAUAUACAGAUAUGCUGGGCAGUUAACCUCAUGAUAUCUCUUCUUCCUAGAGGAUUGUACUGGAAUUUGCGCAAAUACACUGGCCCCGAAGUUAAUGUGAAACUGGCAUUUGAAAGAAUGGAAACUUACAACAGAGAAGUCGUUGAGAAGAACAAGGAAAACCAGAUUUUGAUAAAGGCAGCAAUGUCAGUCGGUUUGAAUCAUGGUUCACAAAGGAAACAAGACAGGCAAUCAAACUCCUCAACAAAGCCAAAGCUGUCAAAUAAUAAAAAGAAGGUUGCCGUUGGUAAUGGCCUUAUUGACGGCUUCUUCAAGAAACGAUAG